GUACUUGAAGGCCGCAUUGCACUGGGUCUCCUAGGAGUGACGAAACUCCAGAGAGUAGAAAGAAAACAAGUUGCAAAGACCGCUCGAUCCUAUUGUUAUCUUUCUGAGCAGCAGCACCGUUACUAAGUCAGCUCGUGCUUAGAAUACACUACAUGUAAUCUAGCUUUUCUGUAUCCGGGCCUAGAUAUUUCUUCAAAUUAAAAACGUCAACGUUCGGCAUUUCAUCGCUGAAAGUCAAUCGAUUAAUCUAGCUCUUUCAUCAGGAGCUUUUAUUUGAUUUUUUGUUCAUGAUGAAUGUGUCCCAGACAAUGGAGACAGAGGAGGACCUCCUGACUCGUCUCCAUGUCAAACUGUACCACCCUCAGCAGAGCUGUAAGGGCCUUUUCGGGCUGCUUCCUCUGGGGAACAGCAGCAAACACUCCGCAGAUGAGCCUCUCAGGCUGGGACGCGACCCCCAGUCCUGCACCUUCACCCUGCUCGACAGCCGGGUGUCCCGCAAGCAGCUGGCCCUCCAUGCCUACCGCACAGCCCAGAGCCCAGACCUGCUGUUCACCGUCCAGAACCUGAGCCAGAGGGGACGGCUGUCGGUGAACAGCUCGGCGCUGGACUACCUGGAAAGGAUGGAUCUCCCGGAUAAGGCCCAUAUCCGGUUCGGAGAGUAUGAGAUUCUGAUCACCCGUGAGUCUGGCGAGGCCAAGGGGAGCUUCGAGGUGGACUUUGAGGUGCUGACAGUGCCUCCGUCCAGAGAGACAUGCAUGUGGGUGCCUAGUAUGUCACCUGUCAUGGAAACAGGCUCAAGUGGGACGAAUAGACCUAGUCUUCCAGGUGAUCUCAGAGUAGGCCUCCUUGGCCCCCUUGAGACCGAUGAGACUCUCGUGUAUAAUUCCUGAUGUGACUUUGUUAUUGACUUGUAUUUGAUGAACUACAAAUGACUGUGUAGGUGUUACAUUAGAGUUAAAGCGGACCAGUACUGGAUUCCUCCUUGUAAUGUGAAAUCAUGGUAUUCAUAUUUAGGUAUUAUUUUGCACAAUGCUACUCUAUUACUCCAUGUAAGUUACAGAGCUGUGAUCUUAUUAUUAUUAUCUGCUACUUAUAAAAUAAUUUUGUUUCCCCAUUUUCAACUUGAGCACAUUAAAGUGUCUGUUUUUUG